CAUGCACACACUUGCACACACCGACACCACCUGACACACGGACGCACAGACAGACAGACAGACAGAGAGCCGAGCCGGCAGACACAUCGACGCGUAGCACCCACGCGUAACAUACACAGCGACACGAGCGGCCCACGCGAAGCACGGACGAAUGAACAGGAUCUAGCGGGCAGUUCAGAGAGUAAUCAUGCAUCCCUCGGCCUUGCUGGUGGUGCUGCUGCCGCUGCUGCUGUUGCUGCUCGAGCGCUGCCAGCUGGCGCGGUCUUUCCUGCUGGAGGGCUCGGCGACGAGCUACGCGCAAUUUCGCAAAUGGAACGCCGGCUUGAACGGCACCCUGGAGUUCGAGUUCAAGACCGAGCAGGGUAACGGGCUGCUGCUGUACACGGACGACGGCGGCACUUACGACUUCUUCGAGGUGAAGCUGGUCGAGAGCGCGCUCAGGCUGAGGUAUAACCUCGGCGGCGGUGCGCAGAUCGUCACGGUCGGCCACGACCUCGGCGACGGCCACUGGCACAAGGUGCAGAUCAGCAGGUGCAACGAGAACACCACCCUGACGGUGGACGGUGUUGGCGCGGUCUCGACGUCGCGCGGCAAGGAGUUCGAGUUCGGCAAGCUCGCCGGGAACUCGGACGUCUACGUGGGCGGCAUGCCCAGCUGGUACAACAGCAAGCUCACGCUGCUGGCGUUGCCGAGCGUGAUAUUCGAGCCCAGAUUCAAUGGAUAUAUUAGGAAUCUCGUGUACGCCGAUGGCGAGAAUACCGUGCCCAGGAGGCAGGAGAUGAAGAGCCGGGACGCCAAGUGCGGCGGCUUCCCGUGCGUCGACAACACCGGCAAGCGCAAGUCCCCGAGGAGUUUACGCAACAUGAUGACCAACACGACGGACGCCUGCGAGACACGCGACCCCUGCCAGCACGGCGGCAUCUGCAUCUCCACGGACAGCGGUCCGAUCUGCGAGUGUCGCACCGGAGACUACGAGGGCGCCUACUGCGAGAAAGAGGCAUGGAGCACGGUGCUGCCUACGGCGGGUGCUGGCGAUUACUGGGCUUGGGAUUACAACAAAGCUCCCUCGGAGGCGUCCUUCAGGGGCACCGAGUAUCUCACGAUAGACCUGAGCAAAGGGGAUCCGGUGCUCAGUACACAGGAAUCCAUAAGCCUCCAGUUCAAGACCAGACAGCCAAACGGACUUUUAUUUUAUUCCGGAGAGGGCGAUGAUUAUCUCACCGUGUCGCUGAGAGACGGAGGCGCCGCGGUCGGGAUGACGCUGGCCAAAGGAAGAUUGGAUCUGCACAUAAAGCCGACCAAGGUGCGGUUCGACGAUAAUCAGUGGCACAAAAUCUCCGUCCACAGGAAGGUUCAGGAGAUCUCCUCGAUUACCAGCUUCUGCCGGCUCUCCGCCAUCGUCGACGGGAUUUACGCCGAGCACGGCCAUACCGCGGGGUCGUUCGCGCAUUUGGCGAGCGAUCAACUUCUCGUCGGCGGAGGUGCCGACGCAAGGUCCUUGCAGGGUGCCAAGGGGAUCAACAACUUCGUCGGAUGUCUGAGAAAGGUGGAGUUCUCGGCGGAGGGGGUGAAGAUGGAGCUGAUCGAGGCCGCCAGGAGCGGCGCGGCGGGCGCUGCGGCUUGGGGAAAGAUGGAUUUUCACUGUCGUGAGCCCAGAGCCUCGGAUCCGAUCACGUUCACCACCAGGGACUCGCAUCUCAAGGCCGGAGCGACGAUUAACGUGAGGCGGCUCCACGGCACUUUGGUCACCUUCACCAGCCCAGAGUCCCACCUGGUUCUGCCACCCUGGAAGGCCGCCAAGUCCGGAAGUAUAUCCUUCAAAAUCCGUACGAAUGAGCAGAACGGACUGAUCAUGUACAGCCGCAGCGGGGCGCACACGAGGCAAGACCUGUUCGCCUUCGAGCUCCUCGGCGGGCAUCUCUAUCUGCAUGCUGACCUCGGCAGUGGCCCUGUCAAAGUGCGAGCGUCCAAGACACGCGUAGACGACGGUAUAUGGCACGACGUCGCCCUCAGGAGAGUCGAAAGGGACGGACGCGUCACCGUCGACACGUGGACAGUCGAGUUUCGCACUCCAGGCGAUUCCACGCAAUUAGAUCUGGACGGUUUGCUGUACAUCGGCGGUGUCGGCGCACCCUUUGCCCCGUUAACAGUGCCGCCGGUUUUAUGGACGGGCGCUCUUCGACAAGGCUACGUGGGCUGCAUGAGGGACCUCGUGAUCAAUGGGCACCCGGUAGACAUCGCCGGCUACGCACAGCAGCAGGAUUCCGGCGCAGUGAGACCCGCGUGCCACAUUCAACCCCCGCACUGCCCCUCGCAGCCGUGCAUGCAUGAUGGCCACUGUCUCGAAGGGUGGAAUCGAUUUCAUUGCGACUGCACGGGCACACCUUUCACCGGACCCACUUGCGGCAAAGACGCAUCUACACUUCAUCUGAACGGCACGCAGCAGAUGACCGCGCUGAUGCCGGAGGACUCCAGGACGCAGGCGGAGGAGGUCAUCGUGCGAUUCAAGACGACACGGCCGCGCGGUCUUCUCCUAGCGACUAGUCUGGAAAAUAACCCCGACCGCUUGCAGAUCUACCUAGAGGAAGGCAAGGCGAGGAUGCUGAUCCACAUCGGUGAUCGAGAAAAGAUCCUGGUGGCUGGACAAGGUCUCAACGAUGACAUGUGGCACACGCUGAGGUUCUCCAGACGGUCCAACUCGCUGAAGUUCCAGGUUGACGACGAACCAGCGGUGCGAGUGGAGACCCAGCUCGGCAAGCAGAGUACCCUAGAAUUCCGCACUCUCCACGUGGGCGGAUACCUGCACGCGGGCGAGGACAUACCGCACUUUGUGGGUCAGCUGCAGCAGAUCUGGUUCAACGGCUAUCCGUAUCUGGAGAUUGCGCGCAGCGCCGGCAAUCACGAGUCCUCGCAUCAGGGCGUCACACCCAUCAUCAGGGUGAGCGGCAAAUUCGGCAAGAGGAACCAUCCGGUGCAUCAUCCGGUGACCUUUACCUCCAAGCACACCUUCGUCGGGCUGCCGGUACUCAAGGCGUACGUGGAGACCAACAUCUACUUCCAGUUUAAAACACGCGAAGCGAACGGCUUGAUCCUUUAUAACGCCGGAAGGGAACGUGACUUCAUCGCGGUCGAGCUGGUUAACGGACACAUCCACUACGUGUUCGAUUUGGGCGACGGGCCCGUCAGGGUCAGGGACGCCUCCAAGUCCAAGUUGAACGAUGGCAAGUGGCACGCCGUCAGCAUCGGCAGACCCGCCUCGAAGAGGCACACUCUUGCCGUGGACGACCACGUGACCGUCGGUAAUAGCCCGGGCAGCAACGAGAAUCUCGAUCUCGACGGCAUCUUGUAUAUCGGCGGAGUGGAGAAGACGCAGUACGGCCAGCUGCCAAAGCCGGUAGUGAGCCGCCACGGGUUUGAAGGCUGCCUGGCGUCGUUGGACCUGAGCGGCGAGAGCACCGACCUCAACACGGACGCUGUGGUGCCGAGCUCCCAAGUCAUAAGCGGAUGCGACGUCUACACGAACUUGCAUCCGGGGAAGAAGUGCACUCACGACCUCUGCGCGAAUCACGGCACGUGCGUGCAACAGUGGAACAGUUACACCUGCGACUGCGACAUGACCAGCUUCACCGGGCCGACCUGUAACGACGAGGCAAUCGCCUAUGAAUUCGGCGCCGGAAGGGGCAUUAUCACGUAUACCUUCCCGCCUGACCGUCGGCCGGAAAUGAAGAGGGACACUGUGGCUUUGGGUUUCGUUACCGGUGCGAACGACGCCGUGCUGCUCAGGAUAGAGUCCGCGUCGAGUAACGAUUACCUCGAGAUCGAAAUCGUGGAGGGCAACAUUUUCGCGGUGUACAACAUGGGCACCAUAGAUCACCCGAUCGGCGAAGUUGGCGUCAAAGUCAACGACAAUCAGUACCACGUGGUCAGAUUCACCAGGACAGGGCCGAACAGCACGCUGCAGGUUGACGACUAUAAUCUGCAGUCUAAUCAUCCGACGGGUCACCAGCUGACGGUGUUCAACAGCCAGUCCACCAUACAAGUGGGCGGUCGGUGGAACCGCAGCAAGAACAAGGUGGAACGCCCGUUCCUGGGUGUGAUAGCUGGUCUGGUGGUCAACGGCGCCAGGAUCCUGGAGCUGGCGGCGGGCAAGGAUGCCAGAGUCACGAGCAGAGGGGACGUUCAGCUGCUACCGGCGGGAAGUCUUUUGGAUCGUGCCGCGCCGUUGCAGAGGAUGCAACAGACGCCCGCGUCCGGCUUCCCCGGCGUCAUGGACGACCUCAUAUUCUCCGGCGCCGGGAGUGGUUGCGCCGGCGACGACGAGGACGAAGAAUGCACGCCGAUUUACGAGUCUGGUUCCGGUAAGUACGACAUCAUUACGCCCGUAUACGUGGCGCCUACACGAUUACCGACGACGCUGAGGCCGAAAUCGCGCAAGGAAAAUAUCCAAGAGCGCCCGACCUGCGACGACGAGGAGGACUGCGAGGAGGGCUCCGGCGAUCCUGGCACGACGGAGGAGAUCUUCGUCACCUCGGCCACUGAUACCAGCUCGACGUACACAACGUCUCGCGAGUUCACCACUAGUCACAUCAGCACGCAGACCUCGUCGACGUCGUCGACAACGUUGAGCCGUGACGUCGUCACCGUCUCCGUCCAGUAUAAUGUGUCAACCACAGAUCUCGAGACCAGCCACGGCAGCAGCAUUGUGACGCACCGAUCGACCACCGUGACGACCCCGAGCACCACGACGGAGAUGACGGAGCCGCCGCCGCCGCCGCCACCGCCGAUGUAUCCGCCGAUGCCUACUCCGCCCAAGAACAACAACAAACGAAUAACAUCCGAGGCGGCGGAGAAUGCGGCGCUGAUAAUCGGCAUCAUAGCGGCCGCGCUGAUAGCGAUCGUGCUCAUCAUACUGAUAAUCCUCAAGUUCAAGAACCGGCCGGAGACCAGCUACAAGGUCGACGAAACUAAGACAUUCUGCCAAGACCCGAACGCGGCCCUCUUGGGCGCCGCGGGUUCCGGCCAAGCGUUCAACGGCGCCCUGAAGAACGGCGCCAACGGUAGCAAGAGCAACAAGAAGCGGGAACUCAUAGACAUUAAAGAGUGGUACGUGUAAACGGACGGAAUCCUCACGCGCUCGACACCUGGAGGACACCGCCGGCUGGCUCUUGGUCUCCGUGUGUCGCGGCUCGGUGCUGCUCGCAUCUCCCGUCGCCUUUUGUCUUUUCCUGUUGGAAAGGCUCCGGGGAUCGAGGGACACAGGAUCCGUUUAGCGAGAAGGAGCGUGCGCAACGGCGGGACUUGGUGGAACUGCGAUUUUCGCGACCGGCAAGCGUGCGGGAAACCAAUCGUUCUCUCGGGGUAGAGGUUCAUCCUCGCGUUGCCGCGGCUGCCGCAUGCCAGGCAAGUCUCCCGGAUCUCGACUCGAUAUGCUAGGAUCCAUCUCAGGGAGGAAGAUGAUCGGACGUGCUCCAAAAGAGAGUCCCCAAGCUGUUCGCCGCGGCAUAGUGGACGAUUUUCACACGGAGGUGUCACUCGCGACAUGCGACGAAAUCACCGGCGAAACAUGAAAUAAUAAGUAUACAAGCGCGUGCAAUGUUCCUCGAAGAAGCUCUCCCGACCAUCGGUUCAAGGGAGACGCUCUGGAAGAGGCCUUUGGUGACGGGAGGACCGAUCGUACGCGACUGAAGUAGGAAUCCUUAUCGUGUCCCUCUGCAACGUUCCUGUAAAGGACUCGCGCUACGCGAUAGAGCGAUCCGCGAUUGAGAUCAAGUAUCCUUGAUAAGAUACGUUUCCGAAGGACCUUGAAAUCGCGAUCGGUAGAUCGUGCGUGCAGAGGAAAGGACGUUCGUCUUUCGAGAGCAUGACGGAGAGGAGGUAGAUCGGAGCCGUCACGUUGAAAGAGGAAGAAAGAGAAAGAGAUUCCUCUUCCUCCCUCUUUCUCUCUUUUUCUUUCUCUUUUUCUGGCAUCAAGCGUGCAGAAUCGAGAAAAGAAGAGUCGCGCUCAAAGAGAUUCUUCGGACUGUUUUUCCCGCGAGAAGAUCCGAUAAGAUGCGAGAUUUCGAUUGUAGUCCUCUCUUUCUUUCGAUUCGUAAGACUUCAAGCUGAAAAUUCUUGUUCCUUGAAAGAACGAUGAUUCUUCUUCGAAGUAAGAUGGAAGCGUAGAAAAACGAGGAUCGAGGGUUGAUUGCGAAUCGGCCAUGUGGCGACGUUGCUCGAUCUUACUAUUUGCACUUGAUUAGCAACUGAGAAAAAAAGAGAGAGAAGACUAAAAGAGAAAGAAAAAGAGAAACGGAAAGAGAGAGAGAGAGAGAGAGAGAGAGAGAGGGAGGGAGAAGGGAGUAAAUUGAAGUCGAAGAGUUGGGUGAGAAUGUGAAGCGGCUUUUGUCUCGGUUUCUCCAGAACGAUUUCGAGGAACGUAGAGAAGAAGCAGGCGCGAGGGUUGAUCUAGGGAAUAAUUAAUGAAAGAGACACUGGGGAUAAUAUUGAGCGCAGUGACAGAUUCGCGCGACAUGACAUAAGGAAUGACUUUUAGGAAUCAACUUGCACCGAGAAAGUAGAUUGUUUUGUUAUUUUGCGGAUUUUACUUCCAACAUUCUUACCACGAACGGUCUCUUGAGCGAUUACGUCGGGAUGGCGCGUGCAAUUGUUCCGUACCAUCAUUGUUUAUCGCUGUGAGAUUUUAUGAACGUUACGAGGUUUUUUACAGAAAAUUGUUGAUCUCUAGGGCAAAUGGUUUGCGUUGAUACCGGGUGCUGUAUCAACACACAGUACGAUUAGCUGAUUAAAGGUUGUACCAUUUUCUCCUCCAUGAAAAAGCAAGGAAGCUUUGCAAUGUUUAAUCAGUCGACUGUACGACGGCUUUGCCUGUCCGUUUCGCAAAUGCGUGCGAUCUCAGCGUGAUUGUCAGCAAGCCUUGGAGGUAAACUCGCUGAAAAGAUGUGCAAGGGAGAGUGCAUGUGCAACUUGGCGAAACAGGCAGGCAACCCAUCGUACUGACUCGUAUGUCGACGCAACACCCUGUAUACAUACAAAUGCUUGGUAUCAAGCACGAAGUUAAGUUUCACAGGGUCAAGUUUUACAUAGAGCUGUGUUCUGCGAUUCCUUCAUCGCUAUAGAACGAUACUUCGGCUACAACAGAGUGCUGUUUGCGCGCGAUUCAUCACGAUCGAUUCGACGAUAGAUAUUAGCGGAUUAGAGGGUUAAGCCGCUAAACGUGAUAGCCCCGAACGAAUUUUGCCGCGUGGCGACGACGUGAUUCGUAAUUUUACACAUAAGCUAAUCUCUCCUAGUAUUGUUUCUAUACGAGGUGUAAUACUUCUGCCGGCGGCAAGAGUCCGAGUUACGCUUCAUUCUCGACGCGCGAGCCUCGUGAGGACGAGAUGUUGGAAGUGAAACGAAAGUUAGGAGCGAAAGUAUCGCGAUCGAGCGAUCCUACUCUAUCCUAUUAAACACAUUCAUUGUUGUAUAGAAGAGCAAGAUAAAAAAAAUAUAUAUAUAUAUGAUACAGACACAGACACACAUACGUACAUUUAUCAAUUAUGUUAUGCGUGUAAAUUGUUUGACGGAUUGAAUAGAUUUUAUUAUAUAUAUAAAGUCUCUGUUUUUGUGUGAGCGAAGGAUACGUGACAUGCGUAUAACAACGUCCGCGCGGAGGCCUUGAGCGAACGAAGCACACUCGACUGGAGGAACAUCGUGAGCUCCGCGAGAGCCUCUCUUCCUCUCUAUCUCUCGUUCGGCACGAAAUUCCCCGAGUGUAUCAGCGGAAACUUAUCAGAGCGAAGUCGCGACGUUUUCGAGUUCGAUCGCCCGCUGAAGUUGACUCGAUUGUAAGAUAGCAGCAGUUCGCUCGACGCGUUUCUCUCGAUGUUCCUCGACGUAUUUGACGCGUUCACGUGCGCUCGGGUGUCCCGCGUGAGAUUGUACGUACCGCGACUCUUAUACAUAUGGAAAGUAAUCUGUAAGUAAUUCGGGAGAAGAGGGAAGAAGAAAAAAGCGAGAUACUCUUAACGAAUAGGUGAUUUAUAUAGCAUAUACGCGAAUAUACUUAUACAUAAAUACAGGGUGUGAAUGCAGUAUUGUCAGUACGAGUUAGGCAGACGAGUUCGGCGGUAUCUUGUAACGAUGACGCCGAGCGCACGGCGAAUCGCGAGUGCACUGAGUCGUUUCUACCAAGUUGCAUUGUCUCCUCCUGAUCGAGAUCCACGACACGCUCGUUAUAUGCAGAGAGCGGCCCAGGUCACGCCUGGGCCCGGCCGGUCUGCGUAUAGUUUCACAUGUUGUUGUUUCAGUUGAAUGUAUUGCUAUUAACGUGUUUAAUCGCCGACGCAUCUGGCGCCAACCAAGAUCUCCUCGUCAAACUCACCCGUUCGACUGGAAGCCAAGACCAAAAAAAGUAAACUCCGAAAUGUCAAAGACGAAUAAUUGAUUCAUCAUGAAUGUUGUGUCUCUGUACAGUUAAUUAUCAAUGCCGUCGGUGUAUCAAUGAAACGCUAGAGAAACCAAAGCGGCUUUCGUCGAAUUAUCAGAAUAAUCGGUGAGAGAUAAAAAGGAAUUUAACGAAACUCCGCGAGUUCAAGAGGAAAGAAAGGGAAGACGAUUGGUUGUUCGUUGCCGUUAGUCGGUGCGGCCGGCUAUUAACACGGUGAAUGGUAACGACAUGCCGCACGACGAAGCGGCGAGAGACUCGUCGCAGAAAAAGAAGCAAUAAGUAACGAAAGGAGGCUUAGCGUUUAAACUGAUCUGUCGUUAUGAAGCGCGGCGACACACGUUCGGUUCCUAAAGCGUCGUCGGUCCCGCCCGACUCCCGAGCGGACAAUUCGUCGCGUCGGGUCUGCUCUUUCCGGCUUGCGAACUUUCCACCACCAUUGUCGUUCGCGUUUGUCGGACUCUCGGCUCGAGAUCGAGAAACCAAGGAAGCGCGUGGCCGGAAAGAGCAGGCCCGAGGCGGACGAAUGCGAAAAGGGAGAGAAUGUAUGCAAAUUGUCGUUCAAACGUACGUCCACGCCAGGGAUGAGUAAAAUACUGCGGGGUGCUUGCGAGUGACACGCGAGAACGCAUCCCUCGAAUAUUCGUUGAUUUGCGUACGAAUGAGCGAGCGAGCGAGCGAGCGAGCGAGUAAGCGAACGAACGAACGGAUUCGUCAAUUUCCGCGGAUGGAGAGAAAACGUGUUUAAUACAACAAUACAUAUCUUCGAGGCACGAUUGAUUAGCGGCGGAUCAAAUGAGAAAAAGAGGAAGAAGAAAACGAAGAAGAAGAAAAGAAUGCGCUAUGGUUGAAUCAUAGACUCAUACACGUAGACUGAGUCCUUUCUUAUGAGACUUUUAAAGAUACAAAAGGCAGCUGCAUUCUCCUUUCACUGUCCACAGGUAUGUUGUCUUCGUCCAGCUUCCUCCAGUGGGGGUCGAGUUGAACGAAGAUCGAGUGCCUGUGAUACAAGCCAGGUCCUUUUCAAAUGUAGUCCUCUUUCAGCUUCUGGUGAAACGCUCAGUCUAUGUACGUAAGUCUCUGGAUUGAAGUAGUUGUUGUAAAAAUUUCGUGUUUCCAAAACAAAGAAAAAAGAAUCGUCAAUACGACAUCUGAGCAAUUAUUAGUAAUUAUUAGGAGGCGAAAUAGGAAUCUUUUCAUUGUCGCAAUGAAGGAGAUAAAGGGCCAGUGAGAGGACUUAUGAUGUGACAGACUCUCAUUCGUCCUUCGUCUUCUCUGUGAUGAUUGUGUGUCGAAGAGGAAAUUUUCUGCUGGUUCCUUGGUACGGGCGCCAGGGGAGGCAUUCGCCAUUCUCGUACGGCACGGAUACGUCCCGGACGUUUUAUAUUUUAAAAUGAAUUCGGCAUAAUCGCAUGCGAGUUAAAUCGAUAGGUACGUCUUGGAGCGUCUCGGACGACGAAGAACAGCGGGCCUCCCCUGGCAUUAGCAAGCGGCUGCAGCGAGUACUUUGCCCAUCGCUGGUCGAGACUGACUCUCGACGCGAUCAAUCGAAGGCGAGAAAAAAACGUCCGAUUGUUAUAAACUGCUCUCGAAUAUUUUGUAAGUUCCGCGUUCCUCCUUUUCUCUUCUGUAGUUCUGCACUUCUCUCUCCUCCUCUGCGUGUGGGAUCGUCCUCUUCUUCAUUACAACUGCCACGCCUGCUCCACGGGAUCUCGGGAUCGGUUGCUAGUAUCGAUAUCUUUCCUUUAUCUCUGCUUCUCUUUCUCUCUCUCUUUCCCUCUCUCUCUUUCUCUCUCUCUCUCUUUCUUCCUCUUUCUCUCUUUUUCUCGCUCUCUCUGUCUCUAUUUCUAACUCUCUAUCUAUUUUAUCUAUCUGACAGAAGAAAAAAUCUUUGUCUACUCGUCUAUCUGUAUAGAGCAUUCGCCGCUUCUCUCUUUUUCUUAGACAAGCUGGGAGUAAACGGAGAUUUUAUUAACGAAUUGUAAGUCGAUACGAGCACGUAUUUCGAAGUAACAAUCCUCAGGGAAGCGCAGUUAGCGCGAUCGAUCGGAAUGAACGGAACACUCCACAGAUCGAUCGAUUAUUAGCAGUGACUGAUAUCUGUUGAUCGUGACUUUUCUCUCUCUCUCUUUCUCUCUCUCUCUCUCUCUCUCUCUCUCUCUUUCUCUCGCUCUUUCUCUCGCUUUUUCUCUUUCUUUGUCUCUCUUAUCAGUUGAGAACGUUUCGACGAAGCUCGAUCCUUUUCAAGAGAGUCACGCUUUCUUUUAUUGCUCGAGUCUCUGUUCGAACGGCUCUCUUGAUUUCCCUUUCUAUCUUCUCCUUCUGUCCAAUCAGUUUUCUUACAUAUUUUUGAUCUCGACGAGUGUGAGAAUCCUUCCCAACGACAUAUAUCGAUAAAUGAGUUACGGCAAAAAAAAGAAAAAAACACGGCUACGUGCACAAAGCCCGCGAAUCGACACGUCGGAUGAAGCUUCUUUAUAAUCUUUAAUCGCACAAGAGCUUGAACUUAUCAUCGAGGCAGAAAAAAAUAAAAAGAAAAAAGAAAAGAAAGAAAAACAGUGCCGCGGUCCAUUUUUUGCGCGGAUCGCUUUUACGCUUAACGAGGCACAAUAAAUCUUAAACUCUCUCGUCUUCGCCGGACUUGCAAUUGUUCGCCCCCUCCUUGCCACUCCCACCCCAUCUCACCCCAACCUCUCGAAGUCAUUUGUAGACUAUGGAUAAAUAAAUCGGUGUGUGGAUUUUGUA